GAAGAAGAGGAAGAAUAAGCAGCUCUGCGCCUGCGCAGCUCGCUCAGCUGCGACUACAGAUCGGUUGCGGAGGAAAAGAAAGGGAACUCGGAGCGGAUUUUCUUUUUUGUUUUUAUUUGUCUGCGGUUAACACGAUGGCUGGUACCGCACUGAAGAGACUCAUGGCGGAGUAUAAACAGCUGACGUUGAACCCACCUGAGGGGAUUGUAGCAGGUCCUGCCAAUGAGGAGAACUUCUUUGAGUGGGAGGCUCUCAUCAUGGGUCCUCAGGAUACUUGUUUUGAAGGUGGAGUGUUUCCAGCCGUCCUCAGUUUUCCCUCUGAUUAUCCUCUCAGUCCUCCUAAGAUGAGGUUCACCUGCGACAUGUUUCACCCCAACAUCUAUCCCGACGGUCGGGUCUGCAUCUCCAUCCUCCACGCUCCGGGCGAUGAUCCGAUGGGAUAUGAGAGCAGUGCGGAGAGGUGGAGUCCGGUCCAGAGUGUGGAGAAGAUCCUGCUGUCUGUGGUCAGCAUGUUGGCAGAGCCUAACGAUGAGAGUGGGGCGAACGUCGACGCCUCUAAAAUGUGGCGCGAGGACAGAGAGCAGUUUUACAAACUGGCGCAGAAGAUCGUGCGGAAGUCGCUCGGCCUUUGAGGGAGGUUGUCGGCGCCCCGGGACCGUGAUGUCAUCACCGCGAGACGGCGCCCAGCGCUCUGUUUGUGUUUGUUUGUUUUCAGAAACACUCCUCUUUUCCCCGCCUCCGGUACCUUUUCACUCGGAUAACAGACACGGCGUCCUCCCCGUCUCCAUGGAAACCAACACACACAGGCAGAGCGCCGCUGGGACGGACGGAUCGAUAAACUGAUGGACGGACGAGCGGGAGCCGAUCGCAGCGCUCAGGCGGAUGUUUGUGACGAAACGUUUCAGGACGUUUCCAUCUAAAUGUUACUGAUUCGCAAAGUUAGGUCGACGGAGGAAGAAGGAAAGCGGUCUGUGGAUUCGUUAACUCGCCAUGUGACCAUCCCCGCGACGAUGUCGUCACCACCUGUCCGGGGCAUUUCACACCUGGACACGGUGCUCCAGGACCGUAGCUACCCAGACUGCGGCUGGGCGAGACGACCGCUUGCAUUAUCGUACUUAUUUGAUAUCGAUCAAUACCAGUAAUCAUGGAUAUCGACCUCGGUUUCCUGGUCCUGUGUCCACGCCUGGCUCCUCACCGUCGCUCACCUUUACGCUUCCUGCUGUAGCAGAGGAGGUUCGGCCCAAACUCAGAGCGGACACAUUCCUCCUCAGUUACUCGCCAGUCGAUCAUCGUUAUCGUGGGAGGUUUUUUUUUUUUUUCUUUCGAUAAUCAUCGGGAUCGUUUUCUCGCCCUACUUUCACCAGAACCAGAAAAUUACACAGUUUGACAUUUGAUCCAGGUGAGAAUCCGACUGAGCACACACCUGUCCUCGGGUCAGUUUGUAUGUGCCGUGGGUCUGGUCGCCGUGUGUACCGCAGGAGGCAAAAAGCUCCGUCUUUGACAGGCUGCAGUCGGCCAUGUUCCCCUGGAGCACCGCUCCACGUUAAAUCUGGGAUUAUUCUCACCAGGUUUGGUUGAUAACAAUAUGCUGCAGCUGGAAAGUGAAAGGUAAUCCUCUUCGUUCAGAGAAACCGCGGCUGCUCGCCUCCUUAAAAAAAACAACACACACAGCCAAUCAAACAGCAGCGAGGCAGCCAGGUGGGCAGCCCCACCUGGCUGCUUAGAGACCCCUUCGGCCCAGAGCAACUAAACUACCUUUAUAAAACUCUGGUAUCAGACACUGAGGUUAAACUGUAGAACAAUGACCCACUAAAACCACGUGUUGUUCUGCUGCCAGCAGGUGGCGCUGUGACCCACUUACCCCAGAUGACCCAUUGCCUCUGCUUUAGUGGGUCAGUUCGCCAGAAGAGCGUUUCUGCACGUGUCAGCAAGUUUUUAGAGAGAGAGAUGAGAGAGAGUCCUCUGUCUGAGCUGCACAUGAACCGGUUUAC